AUGGCAGAGGCUGAUCGACCAGGGAAGCUCUUCAUUGGUGGCCUGGACACUGAAACUAACGAGAAGGCCCUUGAGAAGUAUUUCAGCAAAUAUGGCAGAAUAGUAGAAGGUAAAAAAAUGUUGGUUAACAAUCAAUACUUAAAAAGAUGUUUGCUAACUCAAGAGUCCAACUAAAUGGAUUGCCAUUGCAUGGUAAUAGUUAUGUCCCUUGCUAUUGUAUGAGGGCAGAUUCAAGAGUACAUUUUACCAAGCUGCAAUGUCUCGAUUCCUUUAGUGGAUAAACUGUUAUGAUUAAGUCAAGUGUGAGCAAUUCCGUUAAUAACCAAAUGGUUUUGAUCAGCAAUGGGCUGGUAAAACACACCAGUACCUGGAGCGGCAGGUAGCUUAGUGGUUAAGGGAGUUGUGCCAGUAACCGAAAGGUCGCUGGUUCUAAUCCCCGAGCCGACUAGGUGAAAAAACUGUCUGUGCAUUUAACCCUAAUUGCUCCUGUAAGUCGCUCUGGAUAAGAGCGUCUGCUAAAUGACUAAAAUGUAAGAAGUAAAGAGUAUCAGUUCAGAUUUAUAUUUUGUAACUUAGGACACUUCCUGUGUGAGUACUACUUAAGUAGACAUUUCUUUCUUUCCAGUUCUGUUGAUGAAAGACCGUGAAACGAACAAAUCAAGAGGGUUUGCUUUUGUGACCUUUGAGAGUCCAGCAGAUGCAAAGGAUGCUGCGCGUGAAAUGAAUGGGAAGGUAAACCGUUGUGUAUUGUUUUUAUUAACUUAAAUGACCCUAACUUCUGUAGAUUGUAUACGUUUCUAAUGAAAAAUGUAAUCUAUUUACUUCUCAGUCGCUUGAUGGUAAGCCAAUUAAGGUUGAACAAGCUACAAAGCCUCAGUUUGAGUCAGCAGGCAGACGUGGCCCACUCCCCAUGCGCGGCCGUGGUCCCCCUAGAGGCCCUCGAGGAUCUAGAGGAGCACCAAGUGGAAUGAGGGGUCCACCAUCCAGAGGUACCUUUACAAAAGUACUCACAGGGGUUGUUAUAUUGGGCAUUUAUGCAAAGUCUUAUUGUAAAACCACCUAAAUUGGAAUAAGUACAUAGGCUAUGAAACUGUGGCAUUGAUGUCUUUUGAAUUGACUUUUCAAAUUGUUUCAAGUUCUGAGCUUGCCAUUAAUAUUUGCAUUUCUUGUCUGCCAAAAGACUACUAUGAUAACGUAGGGAUUGUAGAACCCUUUUUCAAAGGGAUUUCCUCCAGAGGCCCCCCACCACUGAAGAGGGGACCUCCGAUUCGUAAUGGAGGCCCCCCACCGAAGAGACAUGCUUCUUCUCCGAUGGGCAGACGUAAGUGUGAGGACCUCUUGAACAUAUUGCUAUGAGGACUGACUAAGCAUGUAGUGCCACAGACUUAUGAUUACAUGGGAUCUUGUUUUCUUUAGCUCCCAUGUCAAGGGACAGGGACCCCUACGGCCCACCCCCUCCCCGCAGAGAGUCUAUGUCCAGAAGGGAUGAUUACCCAUCACCAAGGGAUGAAUAUUACAGCACAAAGGACAGGUGGGUGUGCCCGUUCAACAAAUAUCUCACUACCAGUUUGUGGUUGGUUACACAUUCUGAAUGUAAGUUCUUAGAAAAUCUGUCACAUUGCUUGUUUACACAAGUACCAUGUUUUCCCAUUUGACAGCUAUUCUAGCCGGGAAUAUGUGAGUUCCAGGGAUACAAGGGACUACGCACCAACACCAAGGGACUAUCCGCCAAGGGAUUAUCCCCAAUCCAGUUCCCGCGAUGAAUAUGGGUCAAUGUCAAGGGGCUACAGGUAUGUUUGACUUGUGACUCUAAAGAUUGGCUUAGGUUUACGUUGGCAUGAAUGUGAAGUAACGUUACACCAUUCCUUUCACCAGUGAUGGUUAUGGGGGAGGCCGGGAACCCAAAAGCUAUAUGGAGCGCCCUAGUGCAGCCUCUUAUCGAGAGCCCUACGAUGGUUACGGUAAGAUUGACCACUUAAAUGUAAUGGAGAAAAGUUGCUCUAGUCUCACAACCUGCUCAAUGUGGCCCUGGGAGCUGGUGACCGUAUAUGCAUCACAAGAGUCGAUGGAAACGUCCAACAAAGCUUCUUGACCAGUCAUUGUUCGUUCGACAGUGUCACAGAGUAAUCCCUCAAGGAAUCAUGCACAUAAGUCUGUUUUUUGGGGGUGAAACGACCCUCACAAAACCAUCAAGACCUCACUGAAAAACCGCGUGACCAAUGUGCGACUCGAACAACUGGAAUUCUAAAAGGAAAAGGCAGCUACUCAACAAAACAUGGCAUGCUGAAAGGGGUUUCAUUGCGUAUUUUAUGUUCCCCUAAGCUUGGAUAAAUAAUCGGCCAAAGCACCUAAAUGUUCAGUGUAAAGUUUUGUUCAGAUCCCUAGCAUAUUGGAGAUUUAAACCUAUAGUUACAAUUGAUAGUCAUUAAGAAAUACUCACGGAAAAGAUUGGCUCAUAACAAUUCAGCAAAGUGUGUGAAGUGAAACUUGCCAAUUACCUGACCCAUUGACCCUGCAGGUAACUCACGCAGCGCCCCACCCUCAAGGGGCCCACAACCAUCCUACAAUGGCAGUGGCGGAAGCAGUCGCUAUGACGACUAUGGCAGCAGUUCCCGGGAUGGCUAUGGCAGUCGUGAAAGUUACCCCAGCAGUCGGAGUGAACCAUACCCUCCUAGCCGUGGUGAGCGAAUGGGCAGGCAGGAGCGGGGGCCAGCACCCCCAAUCGAGAGAGGCUACCCUCGUGAAGCGUACAGUGGCUCAAGUCGCGGGGCGCCCCGUGGCGGCCGCGGUGGCAGCAGAGUCGAUAGAGGAAUUGCCCGCAGCAGAUACUGA